AUUCCUCUCAUUUUACGCCUGGCCUGAUUUAUUUCAAAACAAGUUUCUUUAAAGUCAACACUUCACGGCUUCAUUCAGGCUGGAUCAGGAUUGCUGGAUUGGCAUAGCACAGCACAGGAAAUAUGUUUACUAUGAGUAGACAGGAAACAGACCAGAGCAGGUAAAACCAGAGAAGGUGCUGGCUUUUCAGGGUGUCCUCAUUAUUUCUCAUCUUCUGUGUUUCUAUGACAUUUUUGCCUGGUGUGUGUGUUUCAAAAGUUGCAGCUGGGGGGAUGUAAUAAGAAUAGAAAGUUGCAGUUUUUCAAGCAUAGAAAAUGCUCAACAUUUCGCAAAUGCAACUGUGUUACUCAGCUAUAGUAUAGCUGUAAUACAAUUUAACUAGAACUAAAAGUCACAGCUAUCUUACUUUUUUUAUUUCUCUGCAGUUUGAAAUGCCACCAAGACUAACGCCUAUGAAAGACGCCUGUCAUCAUGUCAGUACAAAGACGGACAAAACAUGGAAACUGGAGGUGAAACACAUAAAUGCUGUGAAAGCAUUGAUGCCUCCCGGGAAGAUGGGUCUUUCGGCCGCUUGGUAAACGAUGACCACAGACAUCCCAACUGCAGAAUGAAGCGAAUUGACGUUGCAGGAAGUCCACACCUUUGUCUUUUUGCCAUAAAAGACAUAAAACAAGGUGAAGAAAUAACCUAUGAUUAUGGAGGCGAGGACUGCCCAUGGCGAGAGCAGAUGACUACAUAUGAUACGCCCUGUGUCAGCUCUCAGCCUGUGAUCAUGUCGGGGCCACAGUUGGGUGAAUCUUCCAGUUCAGGGGACACUGGUCAACAGAUGACUACAUAUGAUACGCCCUGUGUGAGCUCCCAGCCCGUGAUCAUGUCAGAGCCAGAGUUGAGCGAAUUUUCCAGUUCCUGGGACACUGGUCAACAGAUGACUACAUAUGAUACGCCCUGUGUGAGCUCCCAGCCCGUGAUCAUGUCAGAGCCAGAGUUGGGUGAAUCAUCCAGUUCGUGUGACACUGGUCAACAGAGGAAGUUCUGGGUAGGGGUGAGGAAGAUUGGUGCAGAGAAGAAGAAAACCGUGAAUCCACUCUUCAUGAAUCAUCAGAAGAGGAAACUGUUGCAGACACUGAGGAGAAUAAAAGCCCACCAAAACAGAAGAGACGCAGACUGCCACCAGCAGAAGACGGAGCAUCUUCUGGAGUCAGUGCUGUGA